AUGGGUUCGAAAUUAUUAACACGUACUGAACUUGAAAAAAUUUUAAAAAACAAUGAUAAUACAAUAACAUUAAAAAAGAUCGAACAGACCGAUAAUUGUUCAUCGUUUUGGCCACACUUUAGUCUCGUAGCAAUAAUUACUUACAAAAGUUCAACAGGUACUGGUGGUUUAAAAAAGCAUUUAUUAUCGUGUGAAAAAUAUUCAUCAUUAAAUGCAGCACAACCAGCUAUUACUACAUAUUAUAAGAAAACUAAAUCAGCUGUACCAGAAAAAAUAAAAGAAGAAGUAACUAAUGCUUAUAUUGAAUUUGUUGCAUUGGAUGGUAAUUCAUUCAACACUCUAUCUCGAAGUGGUUUUAAACAAUUAAUUGAAACAGUUUUUAAAGCUGGUCAAUCUACAGCUGAUUUUCAAUCAUUUGAAGCUUGUGAUCUUUUACCACAUCCAACGACAGUUAGUCGUAAAAUUAAUCAAGUUUAUGCUUUUCGAAAAAAGCAACUAAUUGAAUGGUGUAAUACACUUGAUAGUUACGUGGUGGUGGUUGAUAUGUGGACAGAGAAAUAUACCGGUAUUCAUUUUUGUGGUGCUACUUUACGUUCAAUUGAUUCAGAUUUUCAUUUUCAUUUGUUUUCUCUUGGUUGUAAGCCAUACACAUUAGCUAAUCAAACAGCUCCAAAUAUUAGAAAAUUUAUUGAUGAUUUACUAGCUGAUUAUAAUCUUUCAUUAAAUCCAAACUCGUUCAUCGUCAGCGACAAUGAGCCGAAAAUGCUUGCUGCUUUACGUGGUGCUAAUCGAGUAGGAUGUAGUGACCAUUAUCUUAAUAAAAUAUUAGAACAUUCAUUCACAGCACCAAAUAGUGAUUGUGUUCAGGUGAUUCAAGUGUUUGAUAUUAUAAAAAUACUAGUUGCAAAUUUUCGUCGUAGUCAUCGACAGGAUGUCUUCAAUAUUGCAUAUAAUGAACUUAUUGAUACUUUUUGUGGUUCACAUUAUCAUGAUUUUGAAUCUAUUGAUAAAGACUUAUUACAAAAAAUUUGCGAGUUUCUUCAACCAUUCGAUGAAACUAUUACAAUUCUUAGUGAUGAAUCACAACCAACACUCCAUAAAGUUAUUCCUCUUCGAAAGUUUUUGAUCGAACAUUGUGUACUAAAACAAGAAGAUUUAUCUGGUAUCAAAAAAUUGAAACAAUUUUUAAAAAAAGAAAUCAUAGACCUAUGGCCUAUUCAAAAUGAACAUUUAUUAGCUACAUUACUACAUCCUCGAUUACGAGAUUUUUCUGGUGAUCAAGUAUUAAGACACGAAGCAAUUCAACUAUUGCAAUCAACUAUUGAUAUUUAUACUAAUUCAACUAAUAAUAAUUCAUCAAUUUCAAGCAUAUCUUCAUCAUCAAUUUCUAAUACAUGUUCAUCUUCAUCAUCAAUUUCUAAUACAUGUUCAUCUUCAUCAUCAAUUUCGUAUACAUCUUCAGCAUCAAUUUCUUAUCCAUCUUCAUCAAUAUCAAUUUCUAAUACAUCUACAUGUUCAUCAUCAAUUUCUAACACAUCUUCAUCUUCAUCAUCAAUUUCUAAUACAUCUUCAUCAUCAGCUACUUAUGCAUCUUCAUCAUCACCUGUUGAUAAUUUCGUUACAACCAAAAAAUCAAACAUUCUUUCGUUAUGUUAUGAUAAACCACGAACUUCAAAACCAGUACUUGAUGAAGUUUCUUCAUGGUUACAAACUGAUUUUGAUACAGACAUUAUCCACGAUGAUCUGUUAUUGUUUUGGAGGAACAAAAAAGAAACAUUUCCAAAUAUUGCUAAGGUUGCUCGUAAGGUAUUGGCUGUUCCUGCAGCCAAUACCUCAGUUGAGAGACAAUUUUCUUGUAGUAAAAUUGUAAUUGGUGAUCGUAGAACCCGACUUGGUGCGGAAAAACUUGACAAACUAAUCUUUUUACAGAAAAAUUUACUGCCACUUAAACUUAUGUUUGAUUCGAAAACUGUUUUAACAAGUGAGUUAAAACGCAAAGCUGAUGAUAUACAUGAAAAAGAUGAAGAUAAUAAUUGUACUUCAAAAAAAUUAAAAUUUAAUGAAGAAUAUGAAUAUUUAAGUGAUGAUUAUGAAAGUGAAAGGGAAAACUAG